AUGAAGAGACGUUUCACAGCAAGGGAAGCUCUGGAUCUAGUUGUGGCCACCAACAGUGAGCACCCGGCUACAUGUGAAAGUGAGGAUGAAGAGUUGACUUCAGAAGAUGAAGUCAAGUUUGCAUUAGAGUCUGACUCUGAUAGCUCUUGUUCCUCUGAUGAAAGCACUGAGAGCGAGGACACAGAAGAGACUGCAGAUCUUCAGUGGAUUUCAAAAAAUGGGCAGAUUCUCUGGUCUUCCACUCACACUGAGACGCUGCGCUACAAUCCUGCCAAGGGUAUGACCCCGGGUCCCACACACUAUGCAACUGCCCGCAUCACAACUUUGCAGUCCUGCUUCGACCUCUUCAUCACCGAAGAAAUCAUUCAGCUUCUUCUGGAGAACACUAAUUUACACGGGAGGCGUUUUGUGACAGAUUGGAUUGAUUUCGAUUCCACUGACAUUCAGGCAUACAUCGGGCUGCUGAUUCUGGCUGGCGUGUACAAGUCCCGAAAUGAAUCAACAAGAAGCCUGUGGGAUGUGGAAAACGGACGUUCCAUUUUCCGAGCCACCAUGUCCCACCGUAAAUUCAAGCUCCUGAGCUCCACCCUGAGGUUCGAUGAUAGGAUGACACGACCUGCACGUUACAUGCAUGACAAGCUGGCUGCAUUUCGGACCAUCUGGGAGAAGUGGACACAUCGCCUUCCCCUGCUGUUCAACCCAGGCCAGGAUGUCUGUGUGGAUGAGCAGCUCGUCCCUUUCAAAGGCAGAUGCAGAUUUCGCCAGUACAUGCCCAGCAAGCCUGCCAAGUAUGGCAUAAAAAUUUGGGUCACCUGUGAUGUCACCACAUCCUAUGCAUGGAAGUUGCAAAUUUACACGGGGAAGUCUCCUGGAAGUCCUGCGGAGGUGAACCAAGGAAAAAGGGUCAUUCUGGAAAUGACGGAGGGGCUCCAGGGGAACACUGUGACCUGCGACAAUUUUUUCACCUCCUAUGGACUGGCGGAGGAGCUUCUAAAGAGGAAGAUGGCCCUAGUUGGCACAAUUCACAGGAACAAGCCAGAGCUUCCCCCACAGCUGCUGCAAAUAAAGCAUAGAGCACUUCUGUCCUCCCUCUUUGCUUUUACUAAGACGCACACAGCUGUGUCUUACGUACCCAAACGAGGGAAGAAUGUGCUGCUCCUUAGCACCAAGCACCGCGAGCCAGCUGUGAGCGACACUGAAAAAAAGAAGCCAGUGAUCAUUACAGACUACAACCGCUGCAAAGGAGGUGUCGACAACCUGGACAAGGAAUGUGUCAUUAUGCUUCAGUUACACACAUUUAUUCUUACUGCAAAAUGCUUUUAG